AUGCCAAAACUGAGGCAAUAUAUGUCCCUGGAUCAACCCUCCUCGACGACGAUAAGAAAAAAGACGAUGACAGCAGUAUGUUUCGUCUGCAACCUGCCCAUACUGUCACAUCAAGUGGGACUGGUGUGGUCGGGGGGCAAUGGUUGGGAUGAUCUAGUAAGAGAGCAGCUGGAGGAGUCUACCAUCAGACAAAGACUGGGCGGCAGAAGAGAUUCAGCUGCACAAAUCAAUACACCUCCUAGUACAUCGCCACCGCCGGGCAUGCAACGCCGUCGGCGCAGUUCCUUGGCCCAACUAACCGAUCUUCUAAGAGAAUGGAGUGGUGGUGUUAAACAUCAAAAUUCACAGCAGCAAAGAUCCAGCAAGGCUCCCUUAAAUAGACGUGAGACUUUGGCUGAUUUGGCGCGCAGUUUACCCUGGCGUACCUCAGUAUCAGAUGCUGCCACCAGUGCUGGUGUCACUUAUGUGGCACCACGCAAACGACGUGAAUCAAGUGCUGAAUCUGGCUUGCGCAGCACACGCACCAGACGUGAUUCCAAUACAGCAGAGUUUGUGAAACAUUGGAAUCGCCGAGAAAGUACUGUAGAUGAGCCCACCAUUGUGGCGGUCAAUGUUGUGGUGGAGCCUUCUAGAGGGGGAUCUCGUCGCGAUUCGGAUGAAAGUUAUCAUUCCAGUCGUCGCGACAGCUCUAUAGGUCGUAUUAUAACACCCUCAACUACACCACCGCCGCCACCACGCAUUGGUGUUAGUGCAGUGAAAAGAGAUUCCCUGGCUGCUCCCGAAUUUCCCAAUUUCCGCCAUGAACAGCGUCCUUCCACCAGCUCGGCUGGUUCUGAUUCUAUGCCACUUUACUCAUAUUCUUCUCACAAUCAGGUCGAUUCAUCGUGUCAAGCUCUGCCACCGCCCACCAUUAUCAUGAGUUCAGUAACACCACCAGCUACUAGUCCCACGGCUCCCAAGGGCCGAAGGGAUUCAACUACCCAGUGUGGUCGCAGCACUCGUAGAGACGCCAAGACGGGCAUUAGUCCUGAAAGGGCUCCCAGGCUGCAGCGUUUACAGCGACAGGCUACGGCAUUUGAUGAAGGUGUUUUGCCGGGUGGCAGUCGUCGAGGUUCCCAGCCAGCUCUAAGUCCUGAUCCGCCCGAGGACGGUCAAAGGCGUAAUUCACGCCGAGACUCCCUAAGUCCAGACAGUGCUUCCCGGGGCGGUAGACGAGACUCUCGUACUCACUUGUCACCCGAUCGUAGCCAUGAACGUGAGGGCAGUCCUCAUCGUAGACACACUUUGAGAAGACAAAGCUCUUCGGCUGCUCGUACCUCUAGAUCUCCCGACUCCAACAGUCAAUGUUCCUCUAGAGAUGCCAGUCCCUGUGGCCGGGCUCCGCCAUUGCCUAUAGUGGAGCAGGGCAGUAGUAGGCCGGCCAUAAGAAGACAAUCGACUACUGAAGAAAUAUUAAUAGCCAGAGGCUUUCGCCGACAAUCCACCACCGAGGAAAUGAUCAGAUGUCGUAAUUUUCGGCGCCAGAGUUCUCAAAGUGAUGAUGCUCGCUUUCAUGGUCGCCGAGACUCCUGUGCUCAAAUCAGUGAUGGCACUUUAGCCACAAUGACGGUGGAGACCACCAGCACAUUUUUUGAUUCCAGCACACAAACGGCUGUUAUAUGA